CGAAGUAUUGUCUACUGUACGGUCUAUAUACACAAGACCGCUCUGAACUUAAACGUGUCAUGACUCAGACCAUCUCUUUAUUCGGUACCCCUAAGCGCUUGGUCUGCGAUCGGAGUCGAAUGUUUGACAACCGAGAAUUUCUUGAUUGGAUAACCGGAUUUGGUGUAGAAGUGCAUUUUAUCACUCCUGAAAUGCACCAGGAAAACGGCCAAGUCGAGAGAUAUUGUCGUACGGUCUUGAAUAUGGUUCGGUUAGAAGUUAAUUACAAUAAAAACGAAUGGCCUAAAGUUUUGUGGAAAUUACAAUUAGUUUUGAAUAUAACGAAACACAAAACAACGCAAUGUUCGGCUCUCAAUUUGCUGGUUGGUUCAGAUAAUACUACUCCGUCUAUAAACGCCCUUGUUAGAGACAUCACGUGUGAAGGUACCAACCCAAAUAGGCAGGCUAUGCGAGAGUUACGUCGUCAACGCGCUGACAGGCUUAUUAACGAGAAUAGAGAGAGGCAGGAUGCAUACGUAAAUAAAAAUAGGAGUCAACCUAAGAAGUUCCACAUUAAUGAUCUUGUUUAUGUGAUAAAGAGUUCGCAAAGUACCGGCAAACUCGAUUGUGGCAUGCGAGGUCCAUAUAAAGUCAUAGCAGUUUUGCCGAAUGAUAGAUAUGAACUUAGACUGUUGACUGGUUCUUAUGGGAAGACCAGCCAGGCAGCGGCUGGGUAUAUGGUUUUAUGGCGUGGCGAGUGGACGCCUGACACCUGUGCUGGAUUUUUUGAAAGUUAGUACUGAUUGUUACAAUCAUUUUGUGUUUAUAGAUUGUUUAUUCUUGUGUUGAAACCCAGCGUUUGCCAGUAACUUUAGACAUGUACCAAACUGUUUGUGUUUAUUAAGAUGUGAUGAUCUAAUGGAACAGACCCAUGUAAGACCUUGUGCACAAGGGGUUGGGGUGACCAUGCACUUUGUUGCCAUACUCGUCUGUGUGAGAGUAUAGAAUGAAGGUACUAGGUUGCGUUAGUGGGGGCCCACACUAACUAGAGACCUGUGUAAAUCCUUUGUGUUUUGUGUGAAGGUAUUGGUGUUGACCUGUUAGAGACCGAUGUAAUUCCUGUAGCGUGCACAUAGUAAAAGGUAUUCGGUUGCGCAGGAAGAGACCCGUGUAAAUCCUUCAGUGUUCAUAGGUAUCGGGAUGACCAGUUAGAGACCGGUGUAAACCCUCCUGUAUGUACACACGGUUGAGGUAUCUGGUUGCGCUGGAAUAGGCCUGAGUAAACCCUAUGUGUGUGUGCGAUAUUAUCGAAUUUGUUUGGUACAUGGUCAGUUUGUUUUACUUUCAGUAACGAUUCAUCUGACUGUUAUGAGCUUUCUGUCCUAAAAUUGAUGUGGUUGUUUCAGUUUACGAUGAGAGUACUGAAGUUGAAGACCUUGCUGAUGAUGCGGGAGCUGGUCCCUCUUCAGCAAGCUCGUGAGGGCUGCGAGGACGCUGCCCCGUCAGGAGAGGCCGUAUUGGAACUGAAGAGACCCCUGGCGGCGCUGCUGUCGGCGCUGCGCGUCACGACCUGUAUAUAAAGGCGGGAGCGACCGUCUCUCGUCCAUUUGCCCAUCAGCCGCCGGAGAAGAAACAUCAAGCCAGAAGCUCUGCCCGAUUUACUUUCGAUUUAUUUUCGAUUAUUUUUGCAAUAAUUGUUUUUUUAGUUUGUUUAGUACAAGGGCCUAACGGGACUAUAAUAUAAUUUGUGCAAUACAAAUUACUAAUAUUCUUUUAAAAAUAAUAAUAAAAUCACUCUACGCUUGCGAUUACUCUCAGUCAUCAAGGGGAUCAA